AUGAAGAGGCCCGCUGAGUUAUUAGUUCCUCUCAUGCCUCACUGCAUAAACGUGGUGCAAAAGCGGGCCUUAGAGACAAGCCUCGCUUGCUCAGCACAGAAGUUACCAGGAAGAGAUCUGUACCUCGUACAAGCUCUUUACAAUCAGCUUACACCCCAGGACAUGACAGCCAUGCCAGAUGGAACUGAAAUCACCGGGUUCCUCAUGAAAGAUACGCCAAAGAGAUACUACUUCAUAGUGGAGGAGGAUAACACCCCUGUCACAGUGAGGAUCACUCCAUGUGAGGCACCUUUACAAUGGACCCUCACACUUCAGGAGCUUGAGAGUGAGUCGAGUGGAGAUGGAUCAGGUGAAUUGGAGCCUUUUAACCCACAGAAGGACCCCCAGGUCACUGUUCAUGGACAAAGUGUGGAGCUGUUUUAUUAUCAAGGUAACGAUGUUGAGUCUUACGCCAUUGCUGAUAGUCCAGCCGGCAUCUACAGACUGGAACUGGUGCCGAUUGAGAAGGACACUAUUUUCAACGCCUACGCCACAACCACCCCUGAAUCUGAUCAGCCGUACCCCAAACUGCCCAGUGACUCACGGUUGGGCCUGACAUUUGUGGGACGCACUAGUGUUUCCCUCGUGUGGAAACCAAGCCCAGCUAUCUCUCAGUUCCACCAGCCUGCUGAGUACUGUGUGGUCGUUAAUAAGGAGCAUAACUACAAAAGCCUGUGUGCUGUUGAGGCUAAACUUAACGAGGGCGACCUUUACAAAAAAGUGCAUUGGUCGGAGUUGGAUUGGGGUCUGUCAAAGUCUCCGCGCCUUGACGAUGUGGUCAAUCACCCAACUGUUGGACGUUGGUCUACGAAACCUUCAGUUGGUCACCUGGCAGGUAUUCAGAAAACCUGCACCAGGACCAAAAACGUGUUCACCGUGUCUCGGCUAAAACCCGGCACCCAGUACUACUUUGAUGUUUUCGUUUCGAACCUCCUGACCAACGUGAGCUCGGCCUAUGUCGGGACGUUUGCUAAGACCAAGGUUGAGGUGAAGCAAAAAGUGCAGGAGCUGAAAGGUGGAAGGGUGACAGAAGUUUUUAUCAAGCGUGGGGGUACCAAGUCCUUGCAGUUCAAGCCAGUUUCCUCUCAUCGUUCGGUGAUGGUCUCUCUUCAGUCCUGCUACCACAUGGUCCAUGUCCAGGUCAGGCAGAACAGGAAGCUAGUGACAUCCCAGAGGGUGGAGGGAGUCAAACAUUUCCAUCUCACUGGCAAGCCUAAAGCCAGGUACCUGCUCCGUCUAAGAGCUGGCAAAGGCAGGAAGGCCUUGCUGAAAGUUCACGUAACGACUCACCCCAACAAGCAGCCAUUCCCAACCCUCCCCCGUGACACGAGACUCAAAGUGUUUGACCGACUGCGUGCCUGCACUUCCUUGACUGUCGCCUGGCUUGCCACACAGGAAAUGAACAAAUAUUGUGUCUACCGAAAGCCGGUGAUGGGCAAGGGGAAACCCAAAGAACUGCAAAACCAUUGCCUCGACCCAACAACAAGGAGCAAGGCGGAGAAGGUGAGCUGCCAAUAUUUCCGUGGCCCAAACCUUCGGAAGGCAGUGAUGACAGAACGCAUUGAGGGCCUGGAGCCUGGGAAAACCUACCAGCUCGAUGUCUAUGUGAUUGGCCAAGGGAGGAAUUCGGUUAAGUACCAGAGCAAGAUAGUUAGAACGAGGAAGACAUGUUGAAGCAUGAGGAAGUCUUCACCU